CCGAGGGGCCUUGGCGGCGGCGGCGGGCGCGGCAACGUCCCCCGGAAGUGGAGCCUGGGACUUCCACUCGUGCGUGAGGAGAGCGGAGCCGGAGACGAGACCAGAGGCCGAACUCGGGAUCUGACAAGAUGGCCGGGCUGCCCCGCAGGAUUAUCAAGGAAACCCAGCGUUUGCUGGCAGAACCAGUUCCUGGCAUUAAAGCAGAACCAGAUGAGAGCAACGCCCGUUAUUUUCAUGUGGUCAUUGCCGGCCCUCAGGAUUCCCCCUUUGAGGGAGGGACUUUUAAACUUGAACUAUUCCUUCCAGAAGAAUACCCAAUGGCAGCCCCUAAAGUACGUUUCAUGACCAAAAUUUAUCAUCCUAAUGUAGACAAGUUGGGAAGAAUAUGUUUAGAUAUUUUGAAAGAUAAGUGGUCCCCAGCACUGCAGAUCCGCACAGUUCUGCUAUCCAUCCAGGCUUUGUUAAGUGCUCCCAAUCCAGAUGAUCCAUUAGCAAAUGAUGUAGCGGAGCAAUGGAAGACCAAUGAAGCCCAAGCCAUAGAAACAGCUAGAGCAUGGACUAGGCUAUAUGCCAUGAAUAAUAUUUAAAUCGCUUCGAUCCUCAAGUGUGCAUCACUUCUCCUGUUCUGCCAAGACUUCUUCCUUUUUUGUUUGCAUUUAAUGGACACAGUCUUAGAAACAUUACAGAAUAAAAACCCAGACAUCUUCAACCCUUUGGUGAUUAAAUGCACAUUAGCAAAUCUA